AUGUCCACAAACCCUUCCAUUAUCUUCUACCAAGGACUCCGAUGUACAAAGAUCCGACGAGCACCAGCAGCAACCGAUUCCGCUACUUCUCCAAUCGACACUCCCUCAAACACCUCUAUCGACGCACCGUCACCUACUGAGACAUUAGCGGAAGACGGAAAUUUAAGCAAGACAUCUCCUGACCAGUCUUCUACCGAAAGGACAUCUGCGGUCGCGUCUGCUUCGGCUACUAGUAUUCCAGACUUUGGAACGGCUUUCUCGAACCAUACGUCUAGCCGGGAUUCAGAUUAUCUGUCCGACCUAAAUACCAUCCACAGCACUUUAUCUACAAGCUCUACUCAUACAACGUUCGCUACCGAGACUUCAACUCAGCCUACCUCAUCCACAUCGUCCACGUCGUCUGUCUCAGACGAUGACUCCGGCCCUCCAUACGCUCUUCUAUUCGGCAUUCUCUUCGGAAUUCUUGGGCUCAUAACACUAAUUGCUCUCAUUGUUCUUCUCAUAUAUCGCCGCCGAGCUCGCCAAGAGUCAGAUGCAGAUAGUCUGCAAGAUGACCGGGCGUCUGCAAACUCAAGGACAGGCCUACGACGCGACUUUCGGUCGCAAAUGUCUUACCUUGACGACGCAUCACCAACCGCUUCCGCUUUUUUGAACUUCCAGGCAGGAGCUGCAUAUCGACCUGACGAACAACAUCACCAGAGCCUACGGUAUUCAAACCCAUUCUCGGACAUGGCCGCGGUGGCCGAUGAAGAUGUAUCAACCACCUUUUAUAGCGAGAACCGCACACCUGCACUCCCCCCAGAAUCAUACACAACCGAAAGACACUCAUACCACAGCGAAACAAGCCUCGGCAGCACAAUCGUACUCCCUGGUCGAAGCAGCAUGGGAAGUGAAUACUCCAGAACCCAAUCCUCCGCAAGACCUCCGGGCAGCGGAACGAGCCAGGGAAGUACACUCGUUCUCCCGGGCAGAGGGAGCAUUGGCAGCGACGACCUAGUGCCGAACUUUUCCUUCGCGAAACCGCCAGUUUACACAUCGUCGUAUACGUAUUCGAAAACUACCGUUCGCGUCAAUGGGCGGGGUAGCUCUUUUGAUUUGGAUGAUUCCCUCGCGAUGGUUUCGAGGAGUUUCUAG